CCACGCUGAAGGCUCUGGCGGUGCUCAGCCUGCUGGCGGGCGCGCUGGCGCUAGCCGAGCUGCUGGGUGCGCCGGGGCCCGCGCCCGGCCUGGCCAAGGGCUCGCACCCGGUGCACUGCGUCCUCUUCCUGGCGCUCUUCGUGGUCACCAACGUCCGGUCUCUGCAGGUGCCCCAGCUGCAGCAGGUCGGCCAGCUGGCAUUGCUCUUCAGCCUCACCUUCGCGCUGCUCUGCUGCCCCUUCGCGCUGGGCGGCCCCGCUGGGGAUCCCGCGGUCACCUUCGUGUCCUAUGCGCUGCUGCCUGUGCGCAGCCUGCUGGUUAUCGGAUUCGGGCUCGUGGUGGCCGCCUCACACUUGCUGGUCACAGCCACCUUGGUCCCCGCCAAGCGCCCACGUCUCUGGAGGACGCUCGGUGCCAACGCUCUCUUGUUUGUGGGCGUGAACAUGUACGGCGUCUUCGUGCGGAUCCUUACCGAGCGCUCGCAGAGGAAGGCAUUCCUACAGGCCCGGAGCUGCAUUGAGGACCGGCUGCGACUGGAGGAUGAGAACGAGAAGCAGGAGCGGCUCCUCAUGAGCCUCCUGCCCCGGAACGUUGCCAUGGAGAUGAAGGAGGACUUCCUCAAGCCCCCGGAGAGGAUUUUCCACAAGAUUUACAUCCAGAGGCACGACAAUGUGAGCAUCCUGUUUGCAGACAUCGUUGGCUUCACAGGCUUGGCAUCCCAGUGCACAGCCCAGGAGCUGGUGAAACUCCUCAAUGAGCUCUUUGGAAAGUUCGACGAGUUAGCCACGGAGAACCACUGUCGUCGCAUCAAGAUCCUGGGGGAUUGUUACUACUGCGUGUCAGGUCUCACCCAGCCCAAGACUGACCACGCCCACUGCUGCGUGGAGAUGGGGCUUGACAUGAUCGACACCAUCACGUCUGUGGCCGAGGCCACUGAGGUGGACCUGAACAUGCGCGUGGGGCUGCACACCGGUCGGGUCCUCUGUGGUGUCCUGGGCCUGCGCAAGUGGCAAUACGAUGUGUGGUCCAACGACGUGACCCUAGCCAAUGUCAUGGAAGCCGCUGGCCUGCCAGGGAAGGUUCACAUCACAAAGACAACCUUAGCGUGCCUGAAUGGAGACUAUGAGGUGGAGCCGGGUUAUGGACAUGAGAGGAACAGUUUCUUGAAAACUCACAACAUUGAGACCUUUUUCAUUGUGCCAUCCCAUCGGCGGAAGAUAUUUCCAGGCCUGAUUCUGUCGGAUAUCAAGCCUGCCAAGAGGAUGAAGUUCAAGACUGUGUGCUACCUGCUGGUGCAGCUCAUGCACUGCCGGAAGAUGUUCAAGGCUGAGAUCCCCUUCUCCAAUGUCAUGACCUGUGAGGAUGAUGACAAGCGGAGGGCACUGAGAACUGCCUCGGAGAAACUCAGAAACCGCUCAUCCUUCUCUGCGAAUGUGGUCCAAACCACGCCCGGCACGCGUGUCAACAGGUACCUCAGCCGCCUCUUGGAAGCCCGCCAGCCGGAGCUGGAGCUUGCUGAUCUGAACUUCUUCACCCUGAAGUACAAACAUGCCGAGCGGGAGCAAAAGUACCACCAGCUUCAGGACGAGUAUUUCACCAGCGCCGUCGUCCUCGCCCUCAUCCUGGCUGCCUUAUUCGGCCUUGUCUACCUUCUGGUAAUCCCACAGAGCCUGGCCGUCCUGCUCCUGCUAGUGUUCUGCAUCUGCUUCCUGGUGGCGUGUGUCCUGUACCUGCACAUCACUCGGGUCCAGUGUUUUCCAGGGUGCCUGACGAUUCAGAUUCGCACCGUGCUGUGUAUUUUCAUCGUGGUCUUAAUCUACUCAGUAGCCCAAGGUUGUGUGGUGGGCUGCCUCCCCUGGGGUUGGAGCCCCAAGUCCAACAUUUCCCUGGCGGUCAUCUCGUCUGGGAGCCGACACCCUGUGCUGCCUGCUCUGCCCUGUGAGUCCACGCACCAUGCCCUGCUCUGCUGCCUGGUGGGCACCCUCCCGCUCGCCAUCUUCCUGCGGGUGUCCUCUGUGCCAAAAAUGAUCCUGCUGUCUGGGCUCACCACGUCUUACAUCCUGGUCCUGGAGCUCAGCGGGUACACCAAGGCUGGGGGCGGCGCCAGCUCGGGACGCAGCUAUGAGCCCAUCCUGGCCAUUCUGCUGUUCUCGUGUGCACUGGCCCUGCACGCACGGCAGGUGGACGUCAGGCUGCGGUUGGACUACCUCUGGGCCGCGCAGGCAGAAGAGGAGCGAGAUGACAUGGAGAGAGUGAAGCUGGACAACAAGCGGAUCCUCUUCAACCUCCUGCCAGCCCACGUGGCCCAGCACUUCCUCAUGUCCAAUCCCCGGAACAUGGACCUUUACUACCAGUCCUACUCCCAGGUGGGUGUCAUGUUCGCCUCCAUCCCGAACUUCAAUGACUUCUACAUUGAGCUGGAUGGCAACAACAUGGGUGUGGAGUGUCUGCGGCUUCUUAAUGAGAUCAUCGCUGACUUCGAUGAGCUCAUGGAGAAAGACUUUUACAAGGACCUAGAGAAGAUCAAGACCAUUGGGAGCACCUACAUGGCUGCAGUGGGACUGGCGCCCACAGUGGGGACCAAGGCUAAGAAGUCUAUCUCCUCCCACCUGAGCACGCUGGCCGACUUUGCCAUUGAGAUGUUUGACGUCCUGGAUGAGAUCAACUACCAGUCUUAUAACGACUUCGUCCUCCGUGUUGGCAUCAACGUCGGCCCCGUGGUGGCUGGGGUGAUUGGCGCGCGCAGGCCGCAGUACGACAUCUGGGGGAACACGGUCAAUGUGGCUAGUCGAAUGGACAGCACCGGCGUCCAGGGCAGAAUCCAGGUGACAGAGGAAGUCCACCGGCUGCUGAGAAGGUGCCCCUAUCACUUUGUGUGCCGCGGCAAGGUCAGCGUCAAGGGCAAGGGAGAGAUGCUGACCUACUUCCUGGAAGGCAGGACUGAUGGGAACAGCCCCCACAUCAGGUCUCUGCACCCUGAGAGGAAAAUGUGUCCUUAUGGGAGAGCUGGCCUCCAGGGCAGACGCCCUCCUGGGGCCGGUCUCCCGCUUGGGGCCGGGUUCCCCCCACACCCCCCUGGCCAGUACCUGCCUUCUGCAGCAGCUGGUGGGGAGGCUUAGCAGAGCCACACUGGCCGCUGGGGGGCACACAGGGCUAGCAUGCUCAGAGGCCACAUGGGCCACGGUGGCUCCAACCAGACCACCGAACCAGCAGAGUGGAGCCAGGGCUGGCUGAAGGAGGGGUACUGUCCAGGCAUGGCCUGAGGCCAGCAACUGGGCAGAAUCAACAGGGCAUGAUUCGCUGGGGAUGGCACAUCUGCAUGGACAUUGGAUUGGGCGUCCCCCUCCCCAUUGAUGGCGUUGGGCUCGUCUUUUCCCAGCAGUCCUGCUCACAUUGGGCCAAGGACCUUCAGAACGUCUCCCGGGGUUAAGGCAGGGGCUGUGAGGUCUGUGGGCAGAGCAGCGGAGGAGCUGCUGAGAGCAUGGCAGGUGGGCAGCUCCAGCCUGGGCAGUGGCUUCAGGGGCAGCGUGGGCAGGCAGUGCAGGGUUGCUGGGGCUGCCCAUGGCAUGGCACGGCUGAGUUGGUCGGGUUCUUACUGCAUGGGAAUGAGUGACUCAGCUGUCCUUGAGAGCCGGAGGCGGGUCUUCUGGCGUCCCUGGACUCUGCGGCCCACGUCCGUCAUCGUGGCCAGCUCUGGCGGCUGUUCCACUUGUUCUUCCCUGGCUGAUGGCUCCUGCUCCUAUACAUGCCUCUUCCUGCACUGUGACGUAUUUGUUUGAAGGCGAAGAGGGACAGCGCUUCUAGGAUGUUGAAAGCACAUGACGCUCAACCAUGAACCAGCUUUCUUCAUGACAGUCCAGCCCUCCUGAUGGGGUGUUUCAGAGUUAGCUUAGGGCUGUGGGUCAAGGUGUCUCCGCUGCAGUUUGCAGGGCAUGUCACUGUGGGUGAUAUUGUCAACAUCAGGAAAGCUCCCACCUGCACUUCUGGACGAUCUCAGUGAAGAAGACCAAGGCUGAGGGCAGACAGGGGUCUGGCAGGAAUGAUCGGAGGGACUGGCGAAGAAUGGCCUGGGGGAGGCCUGAAAUGUGAGAUCUGAGACCUUGGUCACAGGGAGGGGGCAGCUGGAAAAAGGGACAGUCUAGGUGGACAUGCUGGGGGCAAGGGGUGAUCCCAGAACCCUCUGCUCUGAAAUGUGGCUGGAAAGGUUUCUGAGGACAGCAGGUGAGACCUGGGCUGCCUCUGCUCAUAGCCAGCAGGCAUGGAGUCCCUUUCCUUAUCACUCCCCAAGGGCUCCGCCCCCUUCCUGGUGGUCCUGACUUUUCAGAAUCAGAGCCCAGAUUUCCCUCCCUAGACCUAAGUGUGGGGCCUGGCACGGUGAGCAGUGGCAUCCUCUGGCUGCUCCCACCAUGGCCUCCUACAUGGGGAACGUUCAGCUCAGCUCAGCCAUAUGGCCACCCUGGCGUUGUGGAGAUCUUAGCAACAAUAGAUGAGACCAGACCCCAUGACUUUGCAGGACACCAGCAAGGUGACCCCUGGGGCAGGCCUCUAGCUCAUCCUAUGCUGGCAAUGGCGGCUCCAGCUGAGCUGGGAGACAGGACAGAGGCGGGCAGGUGGAUGGCUGUGCACAAGGUCCCUGUUUACCCAGAGGCGGCCGUGGGCUGCAGGCGGCUGGCUACAGCUAAGAGGGGGGGCACCAUCCA